AUGUCGACCCAGCCCCUCCUCCAGCGUACCGCCAAGAAGCGCAUCGCCCUCCCUGUCCGUGUUGAGCCCAAGGUCUUCUUCGCCAACGAGCGUACCUUCCUCUCGUGGCUCCACUUUGCCGUCAUCCUUGGUGGUCUUGCCGUUGGUCUCCUCAACUUUGGUGACAAGCUCUACAGCCAGCGUCAUUCACGAACUGUUGUUGACAUGUCACAGGCUGGCCGCAUCUCCGCGGCCCUUUACACCGCUAUCGCUGUCGGUGUCAUGAUCUACGCCCUGAGUGUAUACCAGCGCCGUGCAAAGGCCAUUCGUGAACGUUCGGGCGCUCCUUACGACGACCGUUUCGGACCUACCGUCCUCUGUGUCUGCCUUCUUGCCGCCAUUGGCACCAACUUCGUCCUCCGCGCCGUCUACGAGUAA